UGAGAUGGGAAGCCAUUGGAGACCUUCGAUUUAAACAAAAGAGCAUGGAGGAAGCAGAAAACCUGAUACCGAUAGCCAUAGUCCUAACUCCAAUCACUGGCAGCUCCUGAGAUCAGAGGGAAAGCAAAGCCAGCGUGGGAGUUGGGGAGAGGCAUACCACACCAGAUUCUGUGGCCUGCAGGUGGCAUGCUGCCUAAGAGGAGCAGGGGUCUGUAGUGGCCACUCCAACACCUAAAGCCAUGGCCAGUGGAGAAGACGAGCCAAGGAACUGUGUGGUGUGUGGGGACCGAGCCACAGGCUAUCACUUCCAUGCCCUGACUUGUGAAGGCUGCAAGGGUUUCUUCAGACGAACAGUUGGCAAAAGCACUGGUCUCACUUGUCCCUUCGCUGGAAGCUGUGAGGUCAGCAAGGCUCAGAGGCGCCACUGCCCAGCCUGUAGGUUGCAGAAGUGCCUGGAUGCUGGCAUGAGGAAAGACAUGAUACUGUCAGCAGAAGCCCUGGCGUUGCGGCGAGCAAAGCAGGCCCAGCGGCGGGCACAGCAAAAACCUAUGCAGCUGAGUAAGGAGCAGAAGGAGCUGGUCCAGACACUCUUGGGGGCCCACACUCGCCACGUAGGCACCAUGUUUGACCAGUUUGUGCAGUUCAGGCCUCCAGCUCAUCUGUUCAUCCAUCACCAACCCCUGCCUGCCCUGGCCCCUGUGCUGCCUCUGCUCACACACAUCGCAGACAUCAACACUUUCAUGGUACAGCAAAUCAUCAAGUUCACCAAGGAUCUGCCCCUCUUCCGGUCCCUGCCCAUAGAGGACCAGAUCUCCCUUCUCAAAGGAGCAGCUCUGGAAAUCUGUCACAUUGCACUCAAUACAACUUUCUGUCUCCAAACACAAAACUUCCUCUGUGGGCCUCUUCGCUACACAAUGGAAGAUGGAGCCCAUGCAUCUCCCACAGCGGGGUUCGAGGCUGAGUUUUUGGAGUUGCUCUUUCACUUUCAUGGGACACUGAGACGACUGCAGCUGCAAGAGCCUGAGUAUGUGCUCAUGGCUGCCAUGGCCCUCUUCUCUCCUGACCGGCCUGGAGUUACCCAGAGAGAGGAGAUUGAUCAGCUGCAAGAGGAGAUGGCACUGACUCUGCAGAGCUACAUCAAGGGCCAGCAGCCAAGGCCCCGGGACAGGUUUCUGUAUGCAAAGCUGCUGGGCCUGUUGGCUGAGCUCCGGAGCAUUAAGAAUGAAUAUGAGUACCAAAUCCAACAUAUCCAGGGACUGUUUGCCAUGAUGCCACUGCUCCAGGAGAUCUGUAGCUGAGGCCUGGGCUCACCACCGUCCCCAGCCCACCUGGGACACACUGGACUGGAAAGGGGCAAAUACUGGGACCAGAGAUUGUGACCAGUAGAAAAGGAGCCCCGUGGCUACAAUGAAAGAUUAAAGCAAUAAUUGCCUCUUCA